AAGCAAAACAGGAACUAGAAUGAACAUUGCGUACUAUCAGCCAUCUUCGCUCGCAACCGCAACAUCGACCACAACAGCGACGGCGACAACGACGCCGAGAUUGCGCGCUAUCGCCUGCGCCCUUCUGUCACCAUCGCAUCGCCGUCACUGCUGCCGCUGUCAUCCGCGCCGCCGUCGCCGUUCCUCCACCGCCGCGCACGACCGUAUCUCAGUUACCCAAUCAGCGUCCUCGGACAAACAGACCAAUCAGACAACUGAGUAACACAAUGGGCGACUCUCGGCUCCUUUCGCUUCCAGAAGAGCUGGUCGCGUCUAUCGCCGAACUCGUCCCAGUGGACAGCAUCUUGAACCUCGCCCUCUCAUGCUCAGCAACCUUUCGCCACGUCGAGCAGCGGCUCGAACAAAAUCAGAGACUCCAUGCAGAGUUCAAAAUCCAGCACGACAGACUACCGUUGACGUCGGCAACUCUCCUACGUCGGGCUAUCAGUGAUCCAGAUGCCAUUUGGCAUCUACGAGCCUUUGAAUCAUGGGGUAUCAGACCAGGCUUCGAGAAGUGGAAGUCAUGGUCAUACACAUGGGAGGACCUUUACAACAAAGCCGAUGGAACGAUUGAGUGCUAUGAAGAUCAUUCUACCCUGGACGCGAAGUUCUACCAGCCAGUUGAAUUGGUAGACUACAGGAUGAUCAUGAUGGACAAGCUCCAUAUGUCUCCAGAAGAAACCUACAAGUGGACAGAGAGGAUUCGAGAUGGUUGGGACGAGCCCAUCAAGGGCAUGUUGUUCGCGCUUGCACCCAGACUUGAUCGCCUCAAUUUUCUCAAAUACGAUGACGAAAGCAUCGAGUUUGGCGAAGAGGAUCCCCUCAUCUUCCUCUGCACAGCAGUUCGAUCUGUAUAUGACUCCUUGACAAUUGGUGCCGUUUGGCCCCCUGGAUUUACCUCACUGCGCAUGGUCUCGAUCUGCAGCUACACGGAGUGGAGACACAACCAAGAUGCUUUCUAUGCCAGUCCGUCAAGCGUUGCUUGCCUAUUUCUGCUACCGAACAUCAAGGUCCUGAAUCUUUCACACGUGGGACAGGGGCGUGACGAAGACUCAGACUAUGUCUUGCUACCAGGCAGUUCUUCUGUCGAGGCGCUCGGCUUCUGUUUCGUGGGCAUGACGCUACAAGCACGCAUUAUGUUUAUUCAAGCGUGCAGGCGAUUGUUGUCCUUCAAGUCUGUCGACUCGGAUAUGAGCAACUGGAACGAGAGGUCGGAGCUCUGGCGUGCACUGUCAAAGCAGCACGGUCCAUGGCUCGAGAGCUUGUCUCUGGAAGACAUUGGUGGACUUCUACCUGAGAUCUCAACUAGCUUCCCUAAGCUCAAACAACUUGACUGCCUCCGAGCAGCGGAUUGGGACCGUGACUACAAGACCUUUAUUUGGACUAAUCCACCUCCACUCCCCAAGAUACAAGCGACGCUGGAGGCUGAGAGCGAGGAGCAUGACGAAACGACAGCCCCACUCGAUCUCAGGACAGCGCUUCCGUUUACAAUCGAGCGUCUGGCUAUUUCCUCGGACCCAGGAAGCAUGGUGACCACAGUGGUGAGCAAAAAAGCCAUGCGCGCAUUAGCAGAGCUCGCAGAAGACGAGCGCUUCCAAAGCCUGAAAGAAAUAUGCUUGUACAGUGUGGGGCAUGGAGCCAUGGGCUGUGAUCCUGUGCAACCAUAUGAUGAUUCUUUCGCUCGUUUGCGCGCACGGAACAUCGAUAUUCACCGUGAUUGCGACUACAAGGAGCACGACAAGAUCCACAACGAUGGAGAUCCUCUCUUCUUCACGAACGAGACAGAACCAACUGAUUGUCCCCCGGACGAAUAAUGAAGUGUGACAGUGGCUGGAAGCUAUGGCUCGGGCGUUGAAUGAUGCUAGAUACAUGCAACAAGUACUCUAAGUCGCCACCACAAGACAAAUUUCGUCCCGAUUCGUCUUCUGCC